AUGGACGCACGGCAAGCAGACUACCCGCAGUCAGGUUUGAGCUCGCCCUACCCAACCUUUCCUGAACCAGCUUCUGAGGGAACCUCUGCAGAUCAAGCAUCUGCUGCGCAAUACCCUCCACCAGGACCAGAUCCUCGCUCCUCCAACCUCACCCCGAAUUCAGACUACAGUCUGAAUCCUUCAUCGGCUCGAUCAGGGUCGUUUCCGGAGUACAUUCAACGUUCGUAUCAACCCGGCGCUCAAGGGCAAGCUCCCGGUGGUAUGGCGCAACAACAGAGUCCGUCAAUGCCUAUCCCAGAUGGUCAAACAAAUGGCCAUCAAUCACCACAACAACUCAAGUCUGACUCGGAUGUUCCUAUAGAUCCAUCAAUUGCCGCGCAGACGAGCCCGACAUACGCAAGCCAUCAGCAGCAAUACUCGCCUUACACACCUCACCACGACAUGCAGCACUACCCAGGGCAACCCCAAACACCAAUGGGAUAUGCCUCGCGACCUGAGUGGGCAGGCCAUUACCCCCAGCCGGGUAUGCACUAUGGGCACCCUGCGACUUCAGGCCCGCCCGCGCCUGCAAUGGUCUCUCCAGUCCAGCGACCACCUACAGGAGGACACCCUCUAUCCACAGUUUAUUCAUUUGUACCCAUUCCUGGCGCACAACAACACAAGCGACCACGUCGGCGAUAUGAAGAAAUUGAACGCAUGUACAAGUGUGGGUGGAACGGUUGCGAGAAGGCUUACGGUACCCUGAACCAUCUGAAUGCGCACGUCACGAUGCAAUCGCACGGCCAAAAGCGCACUCCUGAAGAAUUCAAGGAAAUCCGCAAGGAGUGGAAAGCGAAGAAGAAGGAGGAGGAGGCUGCGCGCAAAGCUGACGAAGAGCGACACCGGGCCGACGUGCAGCAGCGCGCCCACGAGGGAGGCGCUCCUGAGGCACCUGUCUAUGGACAGAUGCGACAGGCAGUUGGUGUCCCUGGACAGCCUCCUCAACACCCCCAACUCCCACCCAUCGGGUACCAACCUGCGGCCUCUGGUAACAGCACUGCCCCUCAGUACGGCACGCAGAGUCCAGGUCUUCCUGAGGGCAUGGCUCAUUACCCUCAAUCGCCGUACGGACAAAACCCACAGAUGUACCAGCAGAGUCAUUAG